GUGUGAGCACACGCCUUCGGGGGGCCGGAGUGGCACUGCAGUGGGCUUCUCCCUGGCGCCCGCCCUCCGGCGGCUCUGCCCCACGCCUGCCGGCCCCGCGAUUGCGAAGCCGCGUGUCUCCCUCUUCUGCCCGAGCCUCCCUGCCCGUCCACCCCUCGCGGGUCUUACUUCUCCUUUUACCCUGGGCGAGGGGGCUGCCGGCCGCCCCGCCACCGGUGCAAACACCCAAACAGCCUCCCGUUCGCUCCUCAGUCAAGAGUGCUGCUCUAGUCUUUCUCGGGGCUUCCUCCACGAGCCAGCCCGAGGCUCCCCCAUCCUCGGAAAUUGUUUGGUUGGACUGCCGUUCCCAGGCUGGUAAAGCUCCAGGACUUUAUUAUUAUUUCGAUUCUUUUCCUUUCCCUCCCCUCCUGGGCAACGGAGCAAUGAAAUUUCCAAUCGAGACUCCAAGAAAACAGGUGAACUGGGAUCCUAAAGUGGCCGUUCCUGCAGCAGCGCCCCCGGCGUGCCCGCCCAAGGCCGCUGCUAACGGGGCUCCCCCGGCGCCUCGCCUCGCCGUGUCCUCCCGAGCCGCGGUCGUAGCCAGGAUGGAAGGCGCGGCCCAGGGGGGCCUGCAGACCGUCAUGAAGUGGAAGACAGUGGUUGCCAUCUUCGUGGUCGUGGUGGUCUACCUCGUCACGGGUGGUCUCGUCUUCCGGGCGUUGGAGCAGCCCUUUGAGAGCAGCCAAAAGAACACUAUCGCCUUGGAGAAGGCGGAAUUCCUGCGGGAUCAUAUUUGUGUGAGCCCCCAGGAGCUGGAGACGCUGAUCCAGCACGCUCUUGACGCGGACAACGCAGGAGUGAGCCCGAUAGGAAACUCUUCCAACAACAGCAGUCACUGGGACCUCGGAAGUGCCUUUUUCUUUGCUGGAACUGUCAUCACCACCAUAGGGUAUGGGAAUAUUGCUCCAAGCACUGAAGGAGGCAAAAUCUUUUGUAUUUUAUAUGCCAUCUUUGGAAUUCCACUCUUUGGUUUCUUAUUGGCUGGAAUUGGAGACCAACUUGGAACCAUCUUUGGGAAAAGCAUUGCAAGAGUGGAGAAGGUCUUUCGAAAAAAGCAAGUGAGUCAGACCAAGAUCCGGGUCAUCUCAACCAUCCUGUUCAUCUUGGCCGGCUGUGUUGUGUUUGUGACAAUCCCCGCCGUCAUCUUCAAAUACAUUGAGGGGUGGACAGCCCUGGAGUCCAUUUACUUUGUGGUGGUCACCCUCACCACGGUGGGCUUUGGUGAUUUUGUGGCAGGGGGAAACGCUGGCAUCAAUUACCGGGAGUGGUACAAGCCCCUGGUGUGGUUUUGGAUCCUCGUUGGCCUUGCCUACUUUGCAGCUGUCCUCAGCAUGAUUGGAGACUGGCUACGUGUUCUAUCCAAAAAGACAAAGGAAGAGGUGGGCGAGAUCAAAGCGCACGCGGCCGAAUGGAAGGCCAACGUGACGGCCGAGUUCCGGGAGACGCGGCGGCGGCUGAGCGUGGAGAUCCACGACAAGCUGCAGCGCGCCGCCACCAUCCGCAGCAUGGAGCGUCGGCGCCUGGGCCUGGACCAGCGGGCGCACUCGCUCGACAUGCUGUCGCCCGAAAAGCGCUCGGUGUUCGCCGCGCUCGACGCAGGCCGCUGCAAGGCCUCGUCCCAGGAGAGCAUCGACCACCGGCCCAACAACCUGCGGCUGCAGGCGUCGGAGCCGCUGCAGAAGCGCGGGCAGGGCGCCUCCGAGGACAACAUCGUAAACAAGCUGGGCUCUGCCUCCAGGCUCACCAAGAGGAAGAACCGGGACCUUCGGAAGGCCCUGCCCGAGGACGUGCACAGGAUCUACAGGACCCUCCGCCACUACUCUCUGGACGAGGAGAAGAAGGAGGAGGACACGGAGAAGGGGUGCAACUCGGACCACUCCAGCACCGCCGUGCUCACCGACUGCGCCCAGCUGCCGGCCGGCGCGGGGGACGGCGUGGGCCCCGCCGACGCCAAAGACGCGGAGCGCGACAGCAGCGCGCUGCUGGAAGCCAGAAACUAAGCGCGAAGGACGCACUGGACGUGACCCAGCCUUGUCUUUUGUUUGUUUUUAAAUAUAUUCACCCUGAGACACGUGCCUUAAAACAAGACUUCUCGUUAGUUCGCAUCGAAGAAGAUAUUUCACUGUGCCAUAAACGACCGAGAAAGCUCGCUCUGCCAAAAGGGAAUCAAAAGAACAAGGACUUGGCUUUUGAUCACAGCCGCAGGACACCCAGGGCGCCUUCGCGGGCGCGGGAGGUCACGGCCACUGAGGUCCAGGGCACGUGCUGGCGAUGGAUGCGGUGGCCCCGGGCAGCGCCGCUGCGCUCCGGAGGGCGCGAAAGGGCAGCUAUUCCGUAGACCAGCCGUCUGAAAGCAACAGGUGUGUCUUUUAAAGGAAGUCGUUUCCUGAACCCACUGUCAGUAAUGUGUGCACGCACGCACAAGGGGACUGGACUGGGAGGUGGACUGGUCCUUGUCACUUGGGGUCGGAGUGGACAUGUUGGAAUGUUGCUCUGAGCUCCGAUUUUGAGACAAAACCGUUCAGUGCAUCCCUAGUCUUCUAAGCUCCAGAUGAAUGUCCCUGGGACCCGAGAGCACCUAGAAUUUGUUGGAAGCAGAUGAGAGCACACGUAUCAAAAGGUGCAAUUGCUUUCCUCAUUAUAAGAGAAAAAACAAAAAACAGUCACAUCACACUGUGGAUAUCACUUUAACCAAUGACAGAAGCCUGCUGAAUUUUGUCUUUCUCACAGGUAGUCCAAUCGGACUCGCAAGCAUUGGUGAACACUCAACCUCAGCCGCUGCGUGGUGACGGAACCAUGCCUUUUCCUCAGUGCACGGUGCGCUAAACAGGCACCAAAAGGGUGCAAUGGUGACAAUAAACUGGUUUUGAAACGUUCGUGUUCACUUUUCUAGUGGAACUUCUGUUACAAUUGGUUUUGAUAAAAGGGGGGAAAAUACCAAAACUAUUGCCUUGCAUGAUGCCAGUGGCUUAUUGUCCUGUCUCGCUGAUCCUAAAUGUUUGUGAACAUAGACAUCCUGCAUGUCUGAGACAUACCAAGGAGGACCAUGGC